AUGGGGAAAGCGGCUCUAGAGGAAGUCUCGCCGUUUUUGGAUAAGUCUCUCUCGAGGUUUCAGGUUCAAGGCUUGAACAGCCAUUCUCGACAAGGUGCCGUCAUGAAAUGGAUAGGCAAUAAUAAACCUCUUUUAGGAGGGAUUUUGGAUACUCAUGUUAAAGAAGAUCGGGUAUCAGUGGUGUUGGCUUCUGUUUUCCUGGGUUGGAGAUUUGAUUGCAACUACUCUAACUUAGAGAAUGGUAGGAUUCUGGUGGUUUGGGAUCUGCGAUAUCGGUUAUCACUUUUAAGAAAUCAGCUCAGUUCAUGCUAUGUGGUGUUCAUAGUCCGACAACAAACUCAUCCUUCUGUGUUGCGUUUGUCUACGCUUUCAAUGAGGAGAUCCAGAGGAGGGAGUUAUGGCAGUACAUCUGUUCCAUCAGUCAGGUACCUCGGCCUUGUUCUGUCCCUGGUAACUUAUGGGAGACUUUAA